UCUCUCUCUCUCUCUCUCUCUCUCUCUCUCACGUGCUUCCUGUUAACUCUUCUUCAACAACAACUCUUCUUCAUUAACUCUUCUUCUUCUUCAUCAUCAACUCUUCUUCUCUUUCUUCAUCAACUCUUCUUCUUUUUCUUAAUCAACUCUUCUUCAACAACAACUCCUUCUUCAUUAACUCUUCACUUCCUCUUUAUUGUUUAUUACAAAUGGCUCAAGUUACUGUCGCAAGUAUCAAUAUUGACCAGCGUAAAUUUCUUUUGGAUAGAUUCUGGCGAACAACAGACAACCUGCUUGAUUGGGAUGAAACUUUAUUCACCUUUCAACUUUACAUUCCUGCAGAUACUUCAAAUCCUCAUCGUUGGACGAUAGAGGAGCUUAAGUCACAUUAUUACACAAUAACGGAAGGGAUUUUCAAUGGGUUGAAAGUCGCCUUAAAUAAAGGAAGUGAAGAAGUUGCCACCAGAUAUGGCAGCCAGUUUGAUCUACGUGACCGUGACCUUGGACUCCAAUAUUGAUCUCUCUCUCUCUCUUCUCUCUUGUUUUCUUUCUCUUUUUCUCUCUUUUCUCUUGUUUUCUUUUUCUUUCUUGUGCCUGAGGAUGAAUCAUCUUCAUCAGAUUAUGUUCCCUAUUGUUAAACCUUGAAGAAUACACUUGUAGAUUACAAUCUUCAUCAUCACAUAACAACAAUUCUCAUUAUCAGUGCAUUUAUAAUAAAUCUUUAAUUUGUUCAAUCAUUUUCUCUCUUGUUUAUUUUCCCUCUUUCAGCUUUUCCAUCAGUAUCUUCUGUUUACACCCUGGUUACUGAAUCCACUGUUUACAUAUCACAUCUGACGACAUGGAACCAGCACCAAGUGUAAUUGCCAAAAGGAUGAUAGACAUUGAAUCGCCUCGUUACGAUCAAAGUACUUACCUGGGUCGAGCUAAACACUUUUUCGUUGUCACCAAUCCAUUGAAUUUAUUCAAACCUUCAUCUGAACUUGUUAAGGCUAAACAAGUUGUUGAAGAUUACAGAAAUGGUAAAGAUAUUGGCCCAUUAACCGAGGAUCAACUCUGGUAUUACAAAUAUCUUUAUGACAGUGCUCAUCAUCCGGAAACAGGGGAAAAACAACUCAUUAUUGGUCGGAUGUCGGCUCAAGUACCAAUGAAUAUGUUCAUUACUGGUUGCAUGUUAACUUUUUACAAGAGCACUAAACAAGUAAUCUUUUGGCAAUGGUUUAAUCAGUCUUUCAAUGCAGUCGUUAAUUAUACUAAUAGAAGUGGAACAUCUGAUAUUCCAAUUUCUCAAUUAGGUACUUCUUAUGCUUUCGCAACGAGUGGGGCUUUGGUCACUGCCUUGGGUCUCAAUAGUUUAGUCAAAAAAGCUCCCCCACUGGUCGGUCGAUUUGUACCUUUUUGUGCUGUCGCUGCGGCGAAUUGUGUUAACAUUCCCAUGAUGCGAUCAAAAGAAAUUCGAGAAGGUAUCACUCUCUAUGACGAGAAUAAUAACCCGGUCGGAGAAUCGAAAGUGGCAGCGCAAAAGGCUAUUACUCAGGUCGUUCUUUCGAGAAUUGGAAUGGCUGCUCCUGGAAUGACUUUACCGCCUAUUUUAAUGAACUAUCUUGAGAAAAGAGGAUUUCUCAGGCGAAUGCCCUGGAUCAAUGCUCCACUUCAAGUCGUAAUCUGUGGUUUCUUCUUAAUAUUCACAACUCCAUUAUGCUGUGCACUUUUCCCUCAAAAAAGCUCAAUAUUAUUGGACCAAAUUGAACCAGAACUUCGUGAAGAAUUGAAGAAACUGCCUCAACCCCCGGAAAAAUUAUAUUACAACAAAGGAUUGUAAAUAUAAUCAAUUAAAACAUUUCCAAAGUUCCAAUAGGACAUCAUCUUCCCUCUCUUUACUCGGAAUCAAACGAACAGUUUAAUUGUUUACCAAUGGAUCUAAGAUUUAAACAGAAAGGAAAAUUAAUAAUCGAAGGAAAAAAAAAUCACUUAUUGAAUUUGUGUGUUCGAAUAUCAAUAUUUUAACAAUUAUUUUCUAAAUUGUAGUUACUACCCAUCUUGUUGAUCAUUAAAAUAAUAUUAUUGUUAUGACUGUUGUGAGA